AUGAAGACCAGCAUCCUGCUUAUGUUCCUACUGGGGUUAUCCAGUGCUUUCCCGGUAACCAGGUAUCAAAACAAUGAAUCUGAAAGUUCUGAAGAGUGGAAGGGUCAUUUGGCUCAGGUAUCAACACCACCCUUGGCAAAUGAAGACCCCAGUGACAGCACUGAGUCCGAGGAGGAGCUGGCCUCUGAUGAUCGUCAGGAUGUCCACAGACCUGCUGGUAGCCUCUCUAGCAGUGCAGGAAUACAAGGAGAUGAUAAAGAUGAUGAUGAAGAUGACAGUGGAGAUGACACUUUUGGUGAUGAUGAUAACGGGCCACUGUCUGAAGAAAGACAAGGAGGAAAUUCCAGACUGGGAAGUGAUGAGGAUUCCGGUGACACCACACAAUCCAGUGAAGAGAGCGUCCCACAGGCAGAAGACAGUGCCCAAGAUGUCACCAGUGAGAGCAGGGACCUUGACAAUGAGGUGGACAGCAGGCCCGAGGGAGGUGACUCCACUCCAGACAGCGAGAGUGAGGAGCAUUGGCUGGGAGUUGGCAGUGACGGCGGGAGGAGCCACGGGGAUGGCUCCGAGUUUGAUGACGAAGGGAUGCAGAGCGAUGACCCAGACAGCAUCAGGAGUGAGAGAGGAAGCUCCAGAAUAAAGGGCUCCACCGCGAACAGCGAGCAGCCAAGCCCCGAGGACUCCGGCGAGAGCCAGGCUGGGCCGCGUCCCGGCAGGACGGCGUUCCGGAAGUCCCGCCUUUCCCCGGAAGCCGCUGCCCCGGAGGAAAUGCAGAGCGACUCCGCGGAGGACGCUGACGCCGGAGAAGCAGGCCUCAGACGGUCCAGGGAGGACAGCAGGCAUGAAUCUCAGGAAGACAGAGAGGAAAACGAGUCCUGGGAGGACAGUCGGAACGAGCCAGAGCCCAGCAGCGAAUCCAGUCAGGAGGCGGACCUGCCGUCGGAAGAGAGCAGCAGCGAGUCCCGGGAGGAGGCCGCGGGCGAGUCCCGCGGGGACAACCCGGAUGACGUCGCCAACAGGGACUCCAGCGAGGAGGGCGGCCUGACCGCGUCCUCCAGUUCAGAAAGCGAAUCCGGGGAAGAUCAGGCCGACGGCGAGUCCAGCGAGAGCCUCCAGUCGUCGGAGGAGAGCCCGGAGUCUGCCGAGGAGGGCAACAGUUCCAGCCAGGAGGGCUUCCGGUCUCACAGCGCCUCGGCCGAGAGCCAGUCUGAGGAAGACCGCAGUAGCGACUCUCAGGACAGCAGCAGGUCCAAGGAAGACAGCGACUCCACCGAGAGCACCUCCAGCAGCGAGGAGCAUGGCCAGUCAAAAACUGUGGAGAUAGAAAGCAGAAAAUUAACAGUCGAUGCUUACCACAACAAGCCCAUUGGGGAUCAAGAUGACAACGACUGCCAAGAUGGCUAUUAG